GACAAAUGUAUGUCAUUUUAGCUAUUUCGCGUCCAAAUUGGGUGGCUACUUCAAAGACCAUGAGAUAUAUCCGUAAAUGAAAAUGUUUGAGAAUUUUCACAUAUUUUGAUAAUUUGGGAAGUGAUUUAAAAAAUUUAGAGCAUAAAAUGUUGAUUUAUAGGGUGAUUAUUUUGUAACUUGAAGGUUUUAAUGGCCACAGGUGAGGAAACAACGCGAGAACCGGCUCUCGUAGAGAAUCAGUUGGUGCUGCUGAUGCCCCGCAGUCGGUGAAGGCGCCACGGUUCUCUGCUGUUGUGGCUGCAGAGCUCCGGUCCGCAGGAUGAGUCGCGGUGGAGAUGCUGCCGCCUCCUGUCCGGUUCAUCGGUCGGUGUGACGGGAAGCAGCUGCAGCCAUGGCCUCGGACAAUUGUCUGUUUGUGUGGGCUGAUCAGUGUGUCAUUGUGUGUCCCCUCCCCCUCCCCCUCCUCCCCCCAGUCACCCCCGAGGCCAUCGGCUUCCUGUCGGCGGUCGGCGUCUUCAUCGUGGCGUUGGCCGUCCUCUUCCUCUUCAUCAACAAGAAGCUGUGUUUCUCACAAGUCGGCGGGCUGCCCUGCCUCGAGCAACAUGGCCGCCGCAAGAAGGGACGCCUGGGGAUCCGCCAGGGGCUCGUGAACAGUUACGGUGAUGAAGACGACGAUGGCAGCAGCUCCUCCGACAGCGAAGACGAGGUCCUGAAGCAGUUUGAGAUCUCGGUGUCGCGCUCGCAGAGUUUCCGGACGGCGGCGGCGGCAAACGGCGGCGAACAUCAGCAGCAACAUCAGCAGCUGGCUUUGGGGCGACGGCACAAGUUCACUCGACUGUCAGACCAGGAGGAGGGAAGCACCGAGCCGUCGGACUGCGAAGAAAUGGAGGCUCAGAGUCGACAGGGUUUCCAGGACCCGCUGUCGGCGGCGGUGGCGGAAAGCGAAAGAGCGUCGGCGAUUUCUCUGGACAAACCGGCCACCGGAGUCGAGGCUUUGACCGCCAGAGAGAGUCCGACCCCGAGUAUGAACCGGCAGGCCGCCGACGGCAGCGAGGACACGGAGAACGCCGUGGAUCUCGACAAGAACGAGGCCACGGACAGCUCAUCCACCUGGAGCCCCGAGCAAGAGCAGCCUCCCCAGGACCAAGUCCCGACUCAGCCGGUCUGUCCCUCCCCUCGGACCCCCAUCUCUAAAUGUGGAGACCUGGUCUUGUCUCUGGAGUACCAUCCGGACUCGGAGAAGCUGCUGGUCUCGGUGGUGGCGGCCCACGACAUCCCCGACAAGGCCCGCAGCGGCAUGGACUCCUGGCAGGUCCACAUGGUUCUGCUGCCGUCCAAGAAGCAGCGCCACAAGACGUCGGUCCAGAGAGGGUCGCUGCCGCACUUCAACGAGACGUUUCGCUUCUCACGCCUGGAACCGUCUGACCUGCAAAUGUCGGCGGUCCGGUUCCGGCUGUACGCCCUCGGGGGAAGGAUGUCUCGGGAAAGGAUGAUGGGCGAGAAGGUUCUGCGUUUGGGAGGGUUGGACCCAGAUGGAGGGACGAUGGAAACAACCCUGGUUCUGGAGCCUCGAAGUAACCUAAAGAGUGUCGACUCCCAGCUCAGUCUAUCUGCUGUAUCUCAGAGCGACAGCGCCUCGUCCACUCAGUCUUUGACCCACGGCGGUGUUCCAGAGCUGCUGGUCGGUCUUUCCUACAAUGCCACCACAGGACGGAUGUCUGUGGAGCUCAUCAAGGGAAGCCACUUCAGAAACCUGGCCAUCAACAGGCCUCCAGACACUUAUGGGCGACUGACUCUGCUGAACUCAGUUGGUCAGGAAAUCUCCCGCUGUAAGACGUCAGUGCGUCGCGGCCAACCGAACCCCGUCUACAAGGAGACGUUCGUCUUCCAGGUGGCGCUGUUCCAGCUGUCGGACGUCACGCUGCUGGUGUCCAUCUACAACCGGCGCAGCAUGAAGCGCAAAGAGAUGGUGGGAUGGAUUGCUUUGGGCCAGAACAGCAGCGGUGAAGAGGAGCAGCUGCAUUGGCAGGACAUGAAGGAGAGUCGAGGACAGCAGGUCUGCCGCUGGCACGUCCUGCUGGAGGCGUAACGCCGCCGACGGAUGGGAUUUAGUGUUUUUUUUUCUUGUAUUUUAAAGGGUUUGAAGGGUUGAUUAGUUAGAAGGCUGGGGAGGAAAGAAAAGGCUUGUUGAUCUUACACGAGGUUUUAAAGAUUCAAGAACGCCGCAAUAUCGAAACAUUCAUCCAAACCUGGAAAAACAUCAAACUCGAUAAUUUCUGUUUGCAUUAAGGACAAAUUCAACAACUGUUAGAUGCUGACUGAAAGUAAAAGAACAUCCUGAACGCCUUGUUUCCACAUAGUUCUGUAUGUAAGUCAGUGAUCUUGGAUAUUUACAAAACUCUACCUUCGGUUUUGUGGUUUCCGGUCUGGAACCUGCCUUGAGUACAUUUACAAAUUAGAACUCUUUGAUUUCCGAGGUCGAAUGAGCUAACAGGCUAUUUAGCUGCUUCACAGUCAAGUUUUAAUUAUAUGAACCACAUUUUGUUGGAAUCGAUGGCCAACUGUUCAUGCUUCUGCAGCAAUCUGUUGUCCAGACCGUCAAACUUCUUUGUUUGCAUUGCUUAAAUCACAAAUUCUCGUUUGCAUAUUUGUGUUGUUGUUGUAAAGGAGUUCUGGUUCAUGUCCACAAAGGCGUUUUUUACAUGGGUGGCAUUGCAGUACUUUCCAAAAUUGGAUGUCAGAUGGGUGUCCAACCAGUGUCAGAUAGGUGCUCUCUAACAUGAAUCCAACACAAACUUCAAUGUCCUACAACUAUGCUAACUUUAGCCUGACUGUACGAACGCAUCAUUUGUGACUGUUCACUGAAAUGUGUUUCUAAAAACAUGUAGAGUGAUGAAUAAGCUGCUGAUUCAGAUUAGCGACGGCCAUUUUAAAAGUUUUUUGGUAGUUUCUAGAGGUGUCCAUCGGUGGCUGGUGUCCUCUGAUUUGCAUAAAAUAGCCAAAACCUCAAAUUUAUGCAAAUGAAGAGUUAGCAACUCAAUGCUACCACAAUGCAUUGUACGGCUAGUUAUGUAGACAAUGAAUGGGACGUGUAGAAAUGAUGGCUCCAGGUGAAUUCCAGAGCUCUAGACAGAGUCGAAAUUUUGUUUCCAAUGAAACAAACCCUUGUGGACAUUUGUGGUAAAUUCUUGGUUCCAGUUCGAUUCACCUGACGUACAUCUUUUCCAAACCACUGCUGAUUAAUUAAAUCCUGAGCAUGAAAAUCAACCUAACGACGACAUCCUCAAAUCCGCCUUUGGCUUGUUUCCAAUGUGCAAUUAAAAAGAAGCUAGUUUAGCACAUGCUACCUGCAUAAGGUACAGUUUUUGUCACGGAAAUGCUCCAUAUUCCACAAAACUGAUCAAAUUAGCUUCUUUCGUACAUUUUCUUGCUGCGCACACAAUAUUAUACGGAAUUAUGGACAACUAGCAAAACUGUGUGGAAACAAGGGCUUAGCUUGAUUUAGUAAAGAAAAAAUAGACUGUCCACAUCAAAUAGGAGCUGAGAGUUUAUCUUUCCUGCUGCACUUUUGUUCUUCUAGAGUUAGAGAUGACUUUAAGCUGUGUGUGGACAACUUAUUAUUUCUAGUUCUUGCUGUUCUGGAUGGUGAACCAUCCAAAGCAGAGCUGCAGAAUGACAAGAAACAAAGACGAAACUGAUCGAUCCCGGAAACAUUAGCAUCCCAUCCUCUCAGAAAUGAAAGAUUUUGGAUUUCACAUGUUGAUGCUGAACUGGGAAUGUUUCUGUCAUCUCAUUGUCCUUCAUGAAAGCGUCAGUGUACUCUCUCAGCAACAAAAGACACAAUAAGAACACGAAAACACCAAGUUUACAGCACUGCAAAUAGCUGCAUGGGACUACAGGUUAUCUUCUUCAUUUACCGCAUUGACCGGUCUGUUUGUUCCUGCCCAUUCCCAGUUUACAGCAUACUGAAUGAGAUUUACAUCUUAAAGAGCUUAAAGAGUCUUUGUGAUGGUUAGAAGCACAUCUGCAGUUGUAGACACAAAAAAGUGGAAGAAAAUCCAGCAGAAACGACUGUGAAGGAAGCACAUUGAUUUUUAGAAACCAUUUGGACACAAACUUUUAGUUAUUUAGAUGAGUUUAUGUUACAAAACAAAUAAUUUAAAGGUUUGUUUUCAUUCAAAAUUGGUGAAAUGUCAUGGAGCUGCUGAUAAUUAAUGUCCAAACUCUGCAAAUACAGCAGGUCCUCGGCUUACGACGUCCUCAAUCUACAGCGUUUCAUGGUUAUGUCACUAUCUCCCUUGAUUAAAAAAGUCUUGUUCCAUCAUUCCGACGUACAGCGUUUCCGAUGUUAAAACUAAUUUCUCAUGGGAACUAGUUGGCGAUUGGGGCGGACGAACAGGUCGUCAUGCGAUGCUAUACGAGAAAGACGGCUUUGUUUAAAUUCGCCGGUUGUACGCCACAUUGGAUUGUGCUGCAUUCGCUUUCCUUUGUUUGUGCUGUUUUUUCAGAAACUUUUUGCCCUUCAUUAUGGUUCCCAAGCGUAAGUCAGACACUUCUUAUGGCUGUUCUUCGAAGAAAAGGAAAGCCAUCUCCAUAGAAGUGAAUUUAGUUAUAAUAAAACACUUGAAAAGGGCAAAACACAUAUCAGACUUCCGGUGAAAAUCAUGUUAAAUUGCGCUUGAGGAAUGGAAUUCAGGACUGUACAAGCAAAUGAGGGAAGAGGGUCAAGUUUGACAAAAAAACAUCAAGUCUUAACUUGUAGAUAGAAUUUGAUGAAAUGACACCACCUUCCUAUGUUUCAAUUUAUAAAUUUACUACUUUAAUUUUAACAAUCUCCAGUUUUGAUUUCCACCAACAAACCAGCAAUCAAUCUGUUCAAUUUCUUUUCAGUGUUGGCCAUUGAUCACACAAAAAACCAACUCGUUAGGAGUCGGUGGCUGUAAUUUGAGGAUUUGGAGUCACUGUUGGGGAGCUAAUCCCAAAAAGAGCCUAAUUAAUCUGGAUUUAUUGGAGAUGUUCGGUGUUAAGUGACAACAAAAGCAGCUAAUCUAACUCAUGCUGAGUCCAACAGUGAACGCCGGCGCAUCUCCUGAAAACCCAACCUGUUUACAAUGCAGAACUGUGCUGCUGUAAAAACAACACAUCGAAAUUCUGAUGCUGUUCCCUGAGCUAAUGCAAUAUUUAAAAGAAAUUAACAAUUAAAAUAGACAAUGAAAAAUUAAAGAGGGGCAGUGAACAAGUCAGUGGCAUACUUGAUGUGCCAAAAAAUAUAUAAAAGUGCUUUUUGAACACUAAAAAAAUUCAUUUGGGAAGCUAUAAACAGAAUUUAAAAAAAAAUUUUGAUUAAUCAACAACACAAAUUUGAAAUUUACGCCAAAGAAUUUAAUUCUGGAAGUGAAACACAGUUGUUUUCUGUGCAACUUUAGAGAUUAACUGUGAAUUCAGCGUUAAGUGAGAAUUUAGUGGAAUCAACUGAUCUUUGUAUUUCAACUUGUUGUAAAAGUCUACUUUUUCUUAAUUUCAAGUAAUUUAAACUAAAAAUAUCACUAGCUAGUAAAGGGGCACCAUGACAAAAACUUUUGCAACACUUAAUGACCUCCAACCAGAACUUAUGCGUUAAUUUUAAAUAGUGCUUUAAAACAGCAACAUCAGCGUUGGAGAAACGUCCUGUAUCUAUAAUUUAUAUGAUAAAUUAAUCAGUUAUUGAUUGAAAAUGUCGCACUUUCCAAAAAUUCUUAAAAUUUUCAACACCUGUGUGAUAGUGAGACAUAAAAAACGGAACAAGAUCAGGUUUGUGCCGAUACCGAUCAGUUAAAAUUCGCUUUAAUUGACCUCAGACUUCAGAUCUCUAGUUGUUUCUUUUUUAAAUAAUAAAAACUGUGCUGCCUGUGAAGAAGUCAGUGAAAAUCCGGGCAAACGAGUCAAACAAUGCACCAAAUAUUCACAUUUUUCUUUAUUAAUUUUGAAAAAAACAGGUCAUUUUAUGUUGAAAUGGAUGUUAAAGUUAGAAGAGGAACUAAUUAAAUCAAAAAAACGAGGCAAAAGUGCAUUUUUGUUGAGCAACCCAGUAAAUAAACAGAUCGAAAUUAUACAUUUCCACAACAGGCAGUAUUUAAUCAAGAAAACAUUAAUGUAAAAUCGUGAACAGCUCUGUCACUCAGUUGUAUUUUACAGCGUACAGAUAUUUGUUUACAUGUGACCAUAGAGUACUGUGUAAAGAGCCAGGCCUGGGAGUAAAUCAUCGCUGGUUUAAGUGGAGGAGGAAGGCGUCUCAUUCGUAUUCAGAGCUCAUUCAUAUUCUGAGCUACUACAGGCAGGAAGCCCAGCAGCUGGAGACUCUUAACCCGCCUCAUCAGCGCUGAAUGAUGCGAUCUGGCCUCGAUUCGGCCUCCUUCAAUGGGCCAAAGCUCAUCUCAGUGCCCAUCAACGCUGAGCUGAAAGAGGCUUUAAAUAUCUCGCCGCAGCUGUUAAUAACAUGCGACGAAUUACCCUGGAAGCGUGUUUUUUUUCUCUCUCCCCUCUCUCGGCAGUAAUUGGUAGUUACAGCUGUACAGUGCGAUGACGGUGAUGCUGCCGCUAACGCUCAUCCUCUUCCCAUCUGAAGGCGGCAUUUCAGCCCGGAGGGGGAUUAAAUCUGUUUGUGUCGACGGAUACUGCAGAUCCAAAACCCUCGGGGGGUUCAGACAUGUUUACAGCAGCGUUUGUUGUCUUUGGGCAGGUGAUGAUAGAAGAGAUGGAAGUUUUACGACUACAGGAAGACGCUCGCUGGUGAUAAUAUCUUCAAGUUGGGGCUCAGAUUUUUCACUACUAAACCUCCAUCUUCAUCAUCGCAUAUAUCAGCUGUUUUAAUGUGUAGACUGGAGAUUAGUUGCAGAUUUAUUAAUUCAGCUACUCAAAAAGAACUCUUCAGAUAGCCACGUUGUCACUGUUCAAGGAAAAACUAUGCCGAUUUUACCAGAUAUCCACAAUUCAGCUACAUACAAUAAUGUUCAAAAGUUUGGGGUGACUCAGAAAUGCCCUUAUUCUUGAAAUAAAAGCCUUUUUGCAAUGAAGAUAACGUUAACUGAAUAAUAAAUCCAGUCUAGACAUUGUUAAUGUGGUAAAUGACUAUUCUAGCUGGAAACAGCUGAUUUUUAAUGGAGUAUCUCCAUAGGGGUACAGAGGAACAUUUCCAGCAACCAUCACUCCUGUGUUCUAAUGCUACAUUGUGUUAGCUAAUGGUGUUCAAAGGCUCAUUGAUGAUUAGAAAACCCUUGUGCAGUUAUGUUAGCACAUGAAUAAAAGUGGGAGUUUUAAUGGAAAACAGGAAAUUAUCUGGGUGACCCCAAAUUUUUGAACGGUAGUGUACAUCUGCUAUGUCUUUCUGAAUAGUUGUAAUUCUAGUUUAAGAUCUCUUCAGAAUCCCUUCAAUCCAGGUAUAGAUUAAGUGAAUACUUUUAAAGCUCAAGUCGACAUCUACAGGAUUCAAAAAUAUUAUUCUGUACAAGAAAAGCAUAGUACACGACGACCAAAAUAAUCCAGUUCUGAGUUAAACCUACAAAGACAAAAGCCCCAUUAGCCUGGUUAGCUUAUUUUACAUUAGCGUGUCGCACAAAAUUUGUCUUUUUAAAAUAUUUUUUGUAUCUACUGUACAUGGAAUUUCAAAAUUAGGUUUCAAUUUGUCAAGGUUGUAGAGAUCCUGAGCUGCAACUACAACUAUUCGAAAUGCCAUUACCGAUAUCUUCCACUAGAUUUUUGAAUCGGUAAAAUUAUGUUACAAGCUACGGCAAGUGGGCAGCAGCCUUCUUUUAAAACAUACUUUUCCCCCCACAACCAGCAUUUUACCUUCAUGUCAGAGCAGCUGAAGACUAACUACUAAAUUUCCACUUGAUGAACGAAGCUCUUGUUUUCCUCAAACUCUACGCUGAUGACAUCUUUCUAUUUAAUGGCGUUUUCUAGCCGUUUUGUCCACCACAGCAGCAGACGUUACUGCUAAUAAUGCUGUUGUAAAGCUUUACAGAAACAAUAUCCAAUCAUGCACAACAAUUCAGACCAGUCAUAAAGAUGUUUUAGAUACCAAAGCUAGUAUUCUGACCAGUUCAUUUGGAAAUACACAAGUGUUUGGAAAGACGGCUCAGAUGAUCCACAACAUCCGAACACUGUUUUUCUUCCACGAUUUAUUGUGUCGUAAGUGAUUCAGGGAAACUUCCAGCAGCAGAAAGACGUUGUUGUUUUUAGUAUAAGGGUUAAGGGGCACAACUGAAGGAUUCAUUUGUGAAAUAUAGAAUCUAAGCUGUAGGUGUUGUAAACUGCAGAUGUGUAGUGAUGGCUGUUUCAGGUAUAAAUGAAGCCAAUAGGAGUGCUGCAGCUUUAAAGUUUCAGUGGAUGUAUAGAGUAUUCUUUUGUUAUUAUUAUUUUGUAUAUCACAGUACACAAAGAACAAAAUAAUGUAGUUUUGAGUUAAACCUGCAAAGAUGGAGUCAGAAUACCAAUUAGCUUGGCUAGCUGCUUCUUCUACUGUUAGCUUGUCUUUGCAAAAUUCUCAAGAAUUCUUCAAAAACGUAACUAUUUGAAGCAGCUGUUGAAAUAACAGUGGUCACUGACAGAUUGUAUGAGCUUCAACUAGCUAGCUAGUUAACAUUUUUGAAAGUUUUGUUUUGUCUCUAGCUAUAUUUAAUCAAAGUGUAGUUUUGAGUUAAAUCUAUAAAGACUUGAGUUAAACCUACAAAACAGAAGUCCGGUUAGCUUCUUUUCUGUCAGCUAAUGUUUUUUUAAAAAAGUCUCUUUGUGUUUUUAUUCGAAACACUGAUUUUCAAACACUUGACUAAAAAGGUAUUCUUAGCAAGCAGCAGUUAAGUUGACAAGUCCCUCACAGCUAGCUAGCUGGCUCGGUAACAUUAGCCCUAUAAGUUAUUUGGAAACUCUCCACACUUGCUUAAUUAAAACACUGUACUUCUUAUAAACUAAAUCAAUGUAGUUUUGAAUUAAGUCAACAAAGAUGUAAGACAAGCUAACAGAAAAGAGGCUUACAAGUCCUGUCAGAUUCCGUUCCAUUAGCUUUUCUAACAAAGCUUCUUUAUCACUUUUUUGGUCGAUAUUCAAAUUUAAUAAUUAUUUCAAGAACUUUUUGAUUUCCAAAUAAUCAGACACAUUUCAACAAUAAAUGAAAUGACAACCAUCAGCAACAGACUUUAUUAGCUGUAGCAAACUAGCUAAUUAGCAUUAGUCCCAAUGUUAGUAUGAAAGUCUCUGCACCUGCUUUUUUAAUGUUAAUAUUUUAGCUACAGAAAUGAGAAACCUGCCAAAGUGUCUUAAAGUGUGUACAAUGGUUGCGUUCAAGAUAUUAUGCUAACCUAGCUCCAAAAGGUUAAUGUUAGCAUGUCUCUAGCCAGAUGUUGGCAUCUUCACUAUCUGUAAAACCAUACAAAUUAGCUGUCGUGUUUUAGCACAUUUCACAAAGGAAAGCAUCAGCAUGGUUCGGAUUUAUAUUUUGCAAUGUAAAUCAUGGUUAGGUUAGCACGGUUUUGCUAACAAUAUGUUAUAUUACUUUUUUAGUGUGAUAGCCAUUCACUGCCUUUGACUAAGGUGCAUCGAUUGACAUUAAAGUAAACAUUUUAACCCACAAAAUAUGCUCCUGUUGCUAUGAUGCUAAUGUUAGUAUGUUCUGUUAGAUCCAAAAAAACACCAAUUUUAAUUAGUUUCUUUCCGUUUUGUGCUUUUGUUUUUGGUUUGGAAAGAAGAAAUACUAUAAAACCACGUGCAUAAUAUUGGAAUUCACAAAACUUUGUAGAUUCACAGGUUGCUAUUAAGCUAUGAUUUGACAAGAAGUUUAGCAAACAGUUGGAUUUCUCUUCGUAAUUUUGCUAGCUUGGAAACAUGUUUCUUUUUUCUUUGAUGAUUGAGGUUUUUAAGAGACCUCGACUAACUCCAGAGUAGUUUUGUUGUGUUUCUACAGGGUUUUGGGAUGUUUAAUAGUGUCUUUAAAUUAUUUUAUUGGUCUUAAGGUUAAGUUUUCUUUCUACCAGAUUGAUAUCAGCACUCCUAUUCUACUGGCUUCAUAUGUGAUUGUAAGUAGUAACAUGAGCUGUAUUCACUCCACAGAUGGAUCUAUUUUAUGCAUGUUAAGUUGUUGUACAGAAUCUAUCAUAUCUAUUCUAUUUUUUAAGAUAGUAAAUGUUUAAUGUUCUUGAAUAUUUCCCAGGAUUGUAUUUACAGAUCUGCAUGCUCAGUCCAGGAUUCCAGGUUUGUAUUACAGAUGUGAGACAAUCAGAUUGUGCUGCAGAUGUAAUACGGUCGUAAUACUGAUGAAGUGCCUGUAACAUUUUGAGAUGAAACAUAUCCGCCGUGUCGCAGAGACGAUAUACAUUUGCAUGAAGCCUUCUUGUUGUUCCCUGUGAAUGCUGCUGUAGGACUGCAUGUCUGGUAGGUUUAUUCAUCGAGGUCCGGACCAGGGCUGAAGUCAGGUCGGAUUCAUUCGGGUUCAAGUUUGCAAUGGGGUCGAAACACUGUUCAAAACAAAACCAGAGCCAAAAACAAAAAGUAAACAAGUCCUAAACUUCUUUAGAGUUCAUUUCUAGCUCAUUACCAAAGGUAGAUUCACUGUAUUUUGUUGCCUAAACCUACCACAGGCCUGUUGGAGGUCAGUACGAGUCGGACGCCCUCCAUCCAACCCAACAACCUCCCUCCAAUCCAGUGAGUCUGCUGCAUCUGAACGCAGCUUGUUUUGCAGACAGGAUUGCAACUUAAACUCAAAGUUAAUGAGUUCUGAAACAUGUACAGUUGUUAAAAGUCGAAUUAAAUUAAGUCUGACUACUACACUGAAGCCCAAAGAUGAAACUUUCUUUUCCUGACGAACCCGUGGACCCUGAACAGUCCUGGUCCGGUCCCUGCAUGCCGAGCACCGCGGCACCCAGAAAGCACUUUUUGUACCGAGUUUUGUCGUUGCCAAUAAAAGCCAGAAGAUCCCUGC